CUCGAGGUGUUGCGCGCGGGCCACUCCUCUCAUAAACGUGUUUCAACCGGAAAAACCAGUAGAGCUGAAUGGAAGAAGAAAGACACGGACUGACCACGUUUCGACUCUGCUACUGUACAGCAGCUGAUGAAAGCAGGCGGGGGCGGGGUCAGGGAGAAAGAGAGGGCGGAGCAGACGACGAGAGUCCGGGAAAAGUCAAACGGGAGGCGGUGCCUCCGUGUGUGCGCAAACCACGCUUGGCCCGUCCUCCUCCAGACGGGUCCCUCCCUCCCCCACCCCCUCGGGCCACCCGCUCUUGAGUUGGAGACUCCUGGCUCCCGUUCGGCUCACAGUCCGGGCAACAGAGGGACACGGGAAUGGACACAGAAGGGAGUCAGAGCAGCCUGUCGUCCUCCACGCAGGACUCCCCGCACGACCCCUGCAAAAUGUUCAUCGGCGGGCUGAGCUGGCAGACGACACAAGAGGGACUGAAGGAAUACUUUUGUAAAUUCGGCGAGGUGAAGGAGUGUAUGGUGAUGCGGGAUCCGGUUACGAAGCGGUCGAGGGGGUUUGGAUUUGUCACCUAUGUAGACCAGACCGGAGUGGAUAAAGUUUUGGCCCAAAACAGACACGAGUUGGAUUCAAAAACAAUUGACCCAAAGGUGGCCUUCCCACGUAGAGCUCAGCCGAAGUUGGUAACAAGAACAAAGAAGAUCUUUGUUGGAGGGCUGUCUGUCAACACCACCAUCGAAGAUGUGAAACAGUAUUUCGAUCAGUUCGGAAAGGUUGAUGACGCGAUGCUAAUGUUUGACAAAACCACCAACAGGCACAGAGGUUUUGGCUUUGUGACCUUUGAGAAUGAAGACGUGGUGGAAAAGGUCUGCGAGAUCCACUUUCAUGAGAUCAACAACAAGAUGGUGGAGUGCAAAAAGGCGCAGCCGAAGGAAGUGAUGUCACCGACAGGUACGGCGCGAGGCCGCUCCAGGGUGAUGCCCUACGGGAUGGACGCCUUCAUGCUGGGUAUUGGCAUGCUGGGUUACCCAGGGUUCCAGGCGGCCACCUACGCCAGUCGUGGCUACACAGGAAUUACACCAGGAUACACAUACCAGUUCCCAGAAUUCCAUUUAGAGCGGACACCCCUUCUGACUUCCUCUCACCCGCAAGAGAUCACAGGAAGUGUCUCUCUCUGUCCCGCAGCCAUUCCACUGACUGCCUACGGACCAAUGGCAGCAGCUGCAGCUGCAGCGGUGGUCAGAGGUUCCACCCCGUCACGUACCGCUGGCUUCCUGGGCACCAGCAGUCCUGGGCCAAUGGCAGAGCUUUAUGCAGCAGCCAAUCAGGAUUCAGCAGUUAGCAGCUAUAUCAGCGCGGCAAGCCCCGCCCCCAGCACAGGGUUCGGACAUGGACUUGGGGGCCCUUUGAUUGCAACUGCCUUUACCAAUGGCUACCACUGAGGGGCGUCCUAUCAGCAUCCAGCACGGGAUGAAGAAACUCACGAGCUUGUGAACCACGAGCGCUGCUGACCACGUGACGUGCUUAUGGGACGAACCCCACGGGCGGCUGCGCUCCCUCCUGACUCCACUCUGGAGUUUCCAUCUUUUCUUUCUCUCCAUUCUCUACUAACAUCACUUUUUGUUUUCCCCAUCCCGUAUUUUCUUCCUGACGUAUCCUGUUUAUCAGCGACUCGUGUAUGGUAUGCUGCCGUCUGUCUUUUGAAAGAAAAAAAAAAUGAAGAAAAAAAAAAAACAAUAUUGUUUGAUUGUACAUGCGGAAACACCCCGGAUUUUUAUUUGACAAGUUUUUCUGCAUUUGUUACGAUGUUUCUGCUGACUGUGUUUUUAUGUUUUUACUGUACUCAUGCUGUAACGGAUGAUGUCGAGAAAGACAGAGAGAGAGAGAGAACGAGAGAGAAGGAGCAACGAAACUGGAAAAAAGUUCAGGAUUUGUUUUCCUUGAUGCUUACUAGGCAUUACGGUUACAAACAAAUCCAAACAAACACCGAACAAAGACAUGAGAAUGAAUCAAAUUCACAAAAACAAAACGACAGGACAAAAAUGUAUAUUUUGGUAGUUUUUGCACAGCAUUUAUAAUGUUGUGAGCUGAAUCGGUUCGAUAUUUUUUCCUCAAAAUUGGUUUUUAUAUGAGAAUCAACGGGCCUCGUUUAUUCGUUCUGCUCAUGCUGAGGCUCGUUGUUCAGCUUCUUUUUGUAGAUACUGUAUAUAUUGCAUGGAUUUUGGGAGGGUUCAGAUUGAACGAUGGACUGGGGGGCGCGGGAGGGUGAGGGUCCUUUACGGUUUUUUAACAUGCAAACGUCUUUCUUCACAUUGAAUCUUGUAUUUCUGAGACUAGUAUCAUGACCAAGUUGGACUGAUGUGAGUCUUUGGUUGUGCUUCUCUCACUUCCUACUCCAUUUAUACUGAAAAUUUCUCUAAGAUAAAUGUUUUGAUGCUCUUUCGGAACAAAAUUUUCCUCGGGCUCCAAAUCAAACGGAGCUUUCGGUUGCACAAAGUGCGUGAGUUUUUGAGGCUUUGCAUGAAUCCUCAUGCACGAUUCGGACACCAUGUUUUUAAUGUUUGAGGCGUCAAACCACAUUAGAUUGCAUUUUCCAAAAAGAGCAAAUGAUUUGGUCCCAUUUUAGGGAAGAGGAAAGGCGGUCUUAACCGGUUUAGUAGCCUCAUUUGGAAGGGCACGGCUGCUAAGCUUCUUCAUGCUGUUUUUGGAAAUAUAUAUUAUAUAUAUGAUUUUGUUGCGCAGUGUACUUCUUUCAGUGUACUUUCCCUCUCCUUUUUCUUUGUUUUUGAUGGUACACUGCUGUUUUUAAAGAAAUGAAGGACACAUUUUACAAAGCAAAGGAGUCUGAGCGCUGUUACAUCUCCGUUUCUAUCCUGUCGUGUUUUUUUCUGGUUGUGCGUGGAUGUGCGUGUGUAACGGAGAGAGUGUAAGUUGAUGUGCACAGCGUAGACUGAAGUAUGGAUGUACACGUAGCUAGUUUACAUGCAUUCAACUGCCACCUUUGAAACUGUCUUGUCUCUGCCGGUAAUGGAGGAGGGCGUCUGUGACAUCACGGCUCUAACGGAGGCCUUCUGGGAAAAUUAAAUUGCAGUCGAUUAAUAAUACGCAUCCAGAGUGAUUUAAGAGUUCAUUUAAGUCAGCAACAAUGAUGAUUUGAUAAUUGAUUUCUACUUAUUUGCAUUAAUAUUCAGUCUUCCGUUUGACACGUGUAGCCUCUUUUUGGAGCAGUGGUCACUGUGACGACCAAAACUCCAGCUGACAGGGACGCCUCACAAAACUACUGCACGGCACACACUGUAACUAUUUAACCAACAAAAAGCAAUAAGUUAUUUUUAAACUCAAGUAAUAAUGAACGCCGUUAGUGGUGGUACGAAUACGACGGCGAUUAUGUGGCAUUAAGAAUUAUUUUUCAGAAAAAAGCUAUAUUUUUCAAGAUCCGUUUUAACCCCUUGAAAGUUUCUGAGAUUUUUACAGUACAUGUUACGAUGCCUGUUUGUUUGGAUGAUUUGUAAAAGGGGCGGGGCUUGGGGAUCAGCGGCAGAACUGGAAAGCAUCAGUGGGCGUGGCUCCGUCCCGUUGCUGUGGAGCUGUAUGUCAACACUGUGACCUGAUGCUCAAAUACGCUGGUCCGCUGUCCCUUUACUGUAUUUUUUUAAUUUUCACCUCUGGAAAUUUUCAAAUAAAAAGAUCCUAAUAAAUUAUUUUAAAACAUUCCA